AUGCUCAAAUUCUUCACUACCCGGGACGAUGAAAACGAGAGCCUCUUAGGAUCCAUCACUGAGGAUGAAGGCGACGCCCCCUCCCUGAUGGACAGCAAACACCACUGGCUCAGCAGGCCGUGUCUCCUGGUGCUGCGAGACGGCGACCUCGCCAAGCCCGCCCUCAGCUACGAUCAGAUAAGAGCCCACUCGCCGUCCUCCGGCACCCCCACCUCCCAGGGCCCGACGGUGCGGUGCCUGGAGGAGCCGGAGCCGGACUACCGGAAGCCGCAGCCCAAGGCGCGGGAGUCUCGCGGGCGGGAGGGCCACCGGAAGAGCGGCACGCCCCACCUGGAGAGCCAGUCCCAGAGGCUGAUCCAGCAGCUGGAGGAGGGGCCCUGCACCGUGAGCUCCAUCUCCGCAUGGGGGGAGAGAUGUCUGAGACCGGACAGCCCUGUGAACCUGAGCCCCGCCGAGGCCCGCUGGCCGGAGGAGGAGGACUCUGUGGUGGAGGAGAAAGAGCGCGAGGAGAGCGGGUUGGAGCAGCAGCAGCAUUCCUCCGGUGCAGAGACUCACAGCAGCUCCUCCUACUCCUCGUCCUCCGCUCACGGCUCACUCCCCUCCCAUGAUGCCGAGCGAGAACCACAGGACACCGUCUGCGACGAUGACGACCACCACCACCACCACCACCAGGGAGAGGCGGAGGUGGACGCAGCCGGAGCGGCGGAGGUGGGGCACGGGGAAGAAGACGAAGAUUUCGAGGGAAAAGAAGAAGAACAGGACGAGGAGAAGAAAGAGGGCGCCGACGGGGUCGUGGCGUCCUCCUCGCCGCUGGACCCGGACAACGAGAGGCAGCUGGGGCGCGCCAGCAUCCUGUCCAGGGAGCGGGGGGCCGUGCUGGGGGAGGUGGCCCCCCUGUGGGUCCCUGACGCCCAGGCGCAGGUCUGCAUGAAGUGCCAGGUGAAGUUCACCUUCACCAAGAGGAGGCACCACUGCCGCGCCUGCGGGAAGGUCUUCUGUGCUGUUUGCUCCAACCUGAAGUUCAGGCUGACCCACCUGGACGGGAAGGAGGGAAGGGUUUGCAUCUCCUGUCACUCCUCUCUUGUGAAGAGGAGCCCCCCCAGAGGGCGGAGGAGGGUGUGGUUCGCGGACGAGAUCCUCUCCCGCCGGCGAUCCGAGUCCGCCCCGACCACGCCCGUCCGAGAGCCCACCUUCUCGCCCCUGAUGAGGCGAGCGCCGGGCGGGCCGAUCCGCAGUCCCGCCGCGUCCCCUCAGUCGAGGAGGCGGAGCCAGCGACCUCAGGAAACGGCCAUUAACGAGGCGUGCGGGCCGUACGGCUGGAGCGCGGCCGCGCUGGUGAGCACCAACAUCAGCAGCUCCUCCAACCUCAUCCCCCUCGACGGCCUGCCCCCCAUCCUGACCUCCACCGGGGUCAAAGGAGAUUACACUGUGGAGGAGAGACCCUCUGAGAUGCUGCUGAUUCAGGAGCUGGAGAACGGCCGGCCAAAACCUCUGGUGUUUGUCCUCAACGCCAACCUGCUAGCCAUGGUCAAGAUGGUCAACUAUGUAAAUAGGAAGUGUUGGUGCGUGACCUCCAAGGGAAUGCAUGCCCUGGGCCAGGCGGAGGUGGUGGUGCUGCUCCAGUGCCUGCCGGAGGAGAAGAGCUUUCCCAAAGACAUUUUCAGACACUUUAUCCAGCUGUACAGAGACGCCCUAACAGGGAAGGUGGUGAAGCACCUGUCCCUCUCGCUGUUCCGCGGCAGCUUCCUGGGCACCGAGGAGCAUGCAGGUUUCCUGUACGUGGGCGCCACCCUGCAGUCGCUGCAGGGCCUGCCCCUGCCCAACCAACCCUACCUCUUUGCCUUGCUAGUCCACCAAGCGGAGCUGGCCUGGGCCAAGGCCUUCCCCUUGCGUCUCAUGCUCCGACUGGGCGCCGAGUACCGCUUUUACCCCUGCCCUCUGUUCAACGUGCGCUUCAGGAAGGCGUUGUUCGGCGAGACGGGACACACCAUAAUGAGGCUUCUGGUGGAUUUCAGGAACUACCGCUACAGUCUACCCGUAGUGCCGGGCCUCACUGUGGACCUGGAGGCCCAGAAGACCUGCAUCAAGAUACCAAAGGACAGCCAUAAUGAACUGAUGAAGGUGUUAAACAAGUCUAACGAGCACGUCCUGGCGAUGGGGGCGUGCUUCAACGAAGCCGCCGACUCCCACCUCAUCUGCGUGCAGGGGGAGGACGGCCAGUACCAGACCCAGGCCAUCAGCAUCCACAACCAGCCACGCAAAGUCACAGGCUCCUGCUUCUUUGUAUUCAGUAGUGCCCUGAAAGGAUCCGCGGGAUACCUGGCCAAGUCCAGCAUCGUGGAAGACGGGUUGAUGGUGCAGAUCACCGUGGAAACCAUGGCGGACCUUCGCCGGGCGCUAAGAGAGAUGAAAGAUUACAGCGUCACCUGCGGGCUGCAGGACCAGUCUGACAGCCAGGAGCACGUUCGGGUCGACUGGCUGGAGGAGAAGUGCGUGGUGAACAAGGGGGUAAUUAGCCCCAUUGAUGGUAAAUCCAUGGAGUCCGUCAGCAGCAUGAAGAUGUUCCAGAAGUCUGAGUACAAGGAGAACGGGAAGAUCAUCCGCUGGACUGAGGUAUUCUUCCUCCAAAGAGACGCCGGUCCAAAGGGCGGUCUGAGUGACUCUGCCGAGCACAGCCGGCUCACGGAGCGGAUCGCCCGUGCCUUCUGCCUGGCGCUUUGCCCGCACCUGAAACUGCUCAAGGAGGACGGGAUGGCCAAAUUGGGGCUCCGCGUCACCUUCGACUCCCAAGAGGUUGGCUUUGUUGCCGGGAGCAACGGCCAGCCCCUGCCGGCGCCCUACCUCAACGCCCUGGACGCCGUGCUGAUCCCCGUGGUGCACAGCAGGCGACGCCGCAGCGGGGACCACCCCGUCGUCAUCGAGUUUGUGUUCUACAUCCUGGAGAACAUCACCUAGAUCUCUGACAGUGUGGCGCCGUGCGGUGUGGUGGGUGUGCCCGCGCUCUGGCUCGUAGCGGGGGUUCUAUCCUUCUUGACCUUUCCUCAACUUUCCCCUCCACCCUUGACCUCCGACCUCCAUCCUCCAUCUCAAGGCUCUCGCCGAUGGCAUCUAAGCGGCUCGCCGUUACGCCAUUCGCUCGUCGAAAGGCGGACGAUCUGCUCCACGGGAUCAGAGACAAAAGGAGCCCGACCCAGACCUCUCUACAGCAUCGCUGAGCAGACAAUCUGUGCAAAAUUGAAGACCUACGAUGGGCCAGAGCAAUACUACACUGCUGCUGCAGCAGGGACUUUAGUCGUCGCAUACAUUCACGUCGCAUUCAUUGUCCCAUGUUCAACCCAAUAUUUUGAGAAUGCCUUCGAAGUGGGGGCUGGAUUCAGCCCCUAAACCUUAAACUAAAUCAACGAGAUAAGCGAAUGACAUGAAGUAGCAUAACUUAGGACUCCGUAGUCGUGCGAUGCACUCGGAGUGAAUGCCUGUAGACUGUUUUCAUAUUGGAUGCAUUUGAAUUCUUGAUUGCUCAUUAAAUGCAAAG